GUUGCAUUGCAGGGGUGUGACUAGGCUACUUCUGCAAUCUGCAGUCGGGAGGAGCGCUCUCAUAUAAAUGCUUCUACGGUCUCAUCAGGACCUCGCAUCGCAUGCAUCUCGAAUGGGAAGGCCCCUCGUUGAAUGAUUUCAACACAAUUAGUCGAGCGGAUGCGCUGAACAGGGAGGGGUGAAUCUCCAUCACGUUUCCCGCGGAAACACAGGCACCUGUGCGGUUGGAUGGAGAGCGGCGAGUAAGCUGAAGAAGGGAGAGCGGUGGAGUUUACCCCCCUUCCCCCUUGCACCAAAAUAAAACUCCUUCUAGGCUGGUGGCUGUACAAUGUCCUCAGCACAGGGCAAGGAUAUAUCGGACUACCAUAUCAGCGUGGUCCGAGCCCCCCCUGGAUGGGAGGUAGGGGUGUUCGUGACUGGGUUCCUCCUGUUGUUGGCGGUGGCAGGAGUCAACCUCUGGAAGUUAUGGAAGUCUGGUACCUUUCCUGCACCCUCACCCUUCCCAAACUUUGACUACCGCUAUCUACAAGAAAAAUAUGGCAACUCCUUCUCAGAAGCGCGGCAAAAGAGAGUGGUCGCCAACAACCACCGACGGGCCUCCGCCUCCAUCAACCUGAGUCGUAAGCCCAGCCUGCAGCUGGUGGACACCCCGGACGGGCUGAGGGACCUGGGCCACCUGGAGCUGAUGAGCCGGGACCUGAUGGAUCCUGCCGGUGGGGUGGUGCCCUUCAACCGCUCCAUGUCCACCGACUCUCUCAGCUCCAUCUCCUCCAUCGGCAACAAUUUUGGCCACGACUACACAGUGGGGCAGCUGGAGGUGACCCUGGAGUACGAGGCCCGACCAGGGCCUGGGCCGGGGGUGCUCCACAUCGCCCUGCACCAGGGCAAGGACCUGCUGGAGAAGGAGGAAGGGGACUUCCCCGGCUGCUUUAUCCGGGUCACCUUGGUUCCUGAGGAACUCAACGUGGGCGUCACCAGGGUCCAGAGGAACGCUUUCACAGUCGUGUUCGACGAGCGUUUCUCCAUAGCCCUGGAUCCAUCUUGUCUGGAGGAGAACAGCCUGCGCUUUGCCGCAUUCGGCAUCGACGCGGAGGAGAGGAACAUCAGCGCCGGGCUAGCAGAGCUCAAGCUGUCUGACCUGGACCUUUCUAUCAGACCCUUUAACGCCUGGCUCUACCUGCAAGAUGUUAACAAGGCCGUGGAUGCAGUUGGGGAGAUUCUGCUGUCUCUUAGCUACUUGCCCACCGCUGAGCGCCUUACAGUGGUGGUGGCCAAGGCAAAGAACCUUGUGUGGACCAAUGACAAAACCACAGCAGAUCCCUUUGUCAAAGUGUACCUUCUGCAAGAUGGUAAGAAGAUCAGCAAGAAGAAGACCUCCAUGAAAAGAGACGACACCAACCCCAUCUUCAACGAAGCCAUGAUCUUCUCUGUGCCUGCUGUCGUGUUACAGGAACUCUCCCUGAGGAUCACAGUGGCUGAGGGCACCGACGACGGCAGGGGCGAGAACGUGGGUCACGUGAUUAUCGGGCCCGAGGCGAGCGGCAUGGGCAUCACCCACUGGAACCAGAUGUUGGCAACACUGAGGAAACCUGUGUCCAUGUGGCACCCUCUGCGGAGGACCUAGUACCCCUCGAUCUCCCCCUGUACCUUACCUCCGGUCACCAGGGUUGGGCUCAAUUCCAUUUCAAUUCCCUCCAUUCAGGGGAUACAUUGAAAUUCCAGUUUGAGAAAAGAAAAAGUGCCAUUUAUUUUCAAGGAGGAUUUUCCACUUCCUGAAUUGGAUUGGAGUUGAUCCCGACCCCGCCGGUCACUCCUCUUUGCAUGGUGCCUACUGUAGUACUAUUUUACUGUCCUCCAGAUAGGGAGAAUAAAAAAGGAAGGGGUAAAAUAGCUUCUUUUUUCAGGAAACUAGUCAUUUGUCUUUUGAAACCAGUCUUACUCUGCACCUAGUGGUAUGCAGGACUAAUUGGAAGGUGGCGUGGUAAGCUUUAUCAGAUUUGCUUGUGAUCAUUUGUAAAAUGUGAGAGUGACAAACUUUUCCUAGUAUGGUUUUUGGUAUGUAUCAUAUCUUCUUGUGCUUUUUAAAAUCCAGGUUCUCAAAUCCAGGUGAUAUCAAUUGUAAUUUGUAGCAAUUGUAACAGGGUGCCCAAAUCUGACCUAACAGGUAUAUACAGUACCAGUCAAAAGUUUGGACACACCUACUCAUUCAAGGGUUAUUCUUAAUUUUUACUAAUAGUGAA